AAAGCAUGGGCCAAAAUUUCCAAAUCCACGGACGCCUUCUUCUCAUAUGGAUAAUUUUCAUCUAUAUAAAUAGCGCCCAAUCAAACCUAAAUCGAUAAUUCGUGCUUAAGAAUACAUUCAUAUAGAUGGCACCUUCAAAGCAAAUAACCCCAAAACCCAAAACUCCCAAAAAGCAACAACAACUUGCCCCAGCCAAGAAGGUCAGGGCUCCCAGAAAGCAACCACCAGCCCCAGCCAAGAAGGUCAGGGCUCCCAGAAAGCAACCACCAGCCAUGAAGGCCAACCAACAACAACUCUCACCAGGACCAGAUAUCAUCAGUGAUUUGUCCGAUUGUAUUCUGAUACACAUACUGUCUUUUAUGGAUGCACAAGAGGCCGUUCAAACUUGUAUUUUGUCCAAAAGAUGGAUUAAUGUUUGGAAGAAACUUCAUACUCUUACAUUAUUAGAUUAUUCAGAAUUGAGUGGCAAACUUUUUGAACAUUUUGUUUUUAAGUUUCUGUCUCUUCGGGAUGAUCAGACUGAUAUUCACUCCAUCCUACUUCACCCCCCAUUUUUAAGAAAGGAGUGCAACAAAUUAGUUUAUCAUAUUUUGAAAUAUGCUUUUUCACACCAUGUUCAACACUUGCUUAUAAAUUUCAUAUGUUUUAAGUCUAAUUGCUUUUCCUUUUCAUCUUCUACAUUAAAGUCACUUGAACUUACUAGUGACCAUUUAAUUAGUGGUGUGAUUAGUAUAUUUCCAAAUUCCCUUAAUUUUCCAGCACUAACCACCCUCUCUCUAAGCUACUUUACUUUUUUUUCCAAUGAAGAUGGUUGUGCUGAGCCAUUUUCCACAUUUAACAUGUUGAAUACUUUGAUCAUUCAUCACUGUCAGGUUUUGCAUAAACGUCACCUAUGUAUAUCAAAUGCCAAACUUGAAAAUUUAUCUAUAACUAUGUGUUACUAUAUGAUUUCCAGAACUUAUUUUGAAAUUGAGUUAUAUGCUCCAAGUCUUCGUACCUUUUGUUUUAAGGGUAAUCAUAUUUCAAAACUUUUUGGCAGCAAGAGCUUUUCAUCCUCUAUCAAACAGUUAAAAAUUAAUAUAAGGUGUUUUGAAAACAUUGGGAAGAACUAUUGCAUUUUACUCAACUGGCUGGAGCAAUUUGUUAAUAUCGAGUCAUUAAUGGUUGAUACAUAUACUCUUGAGGUUCUUUCUCGUGAUUUAUUAAAAGUUAAUCCACCUUCCCUAAUUAAUUUGAAGUCACUCAAAAUAGAAACAUCCGACGUUUCAUAUGUGUGCAGAUAUGAUGAAGAGAUAAACUUUUUGCUUCAAAACUCACACUCAGCAAAUGUUGAGAACAUUAUUGUAGAUGCGUUUGAUUAUUAAAACCCUAAUUAUUUGUGUUUACUAUUU